AUGAAUUAAAAUAAAUCAGUUUUAAUUGUAUGGAUGAAGCCUUUUUUAUGCAUUUUUUAUUUCAUUUAUCCUUAAAUUUACUCUAAUGAUUUUGAAUUUUCAGGUUGCAAAUAUAUUAGAAACAUAGAACAAUAUCUUAAAAGUAAAUAGAGUGCUAUUUCUAAAUUAUAACUCUUAGAUGUUAUGUAAUUAUGGUAUAAUUUUAUGAAAAUGAUUAUAAGUUCUUUUGAAGGUUAUCAUCUUAAAAAGCAAUAAUAUUUGGUUUAAAGAAAUCAGAUUUAUUGAUGUCAACAACAAAAGAAAUUUUAAAAGUACUGAAGAUCUCAAUACCUAAAUUAGUAGACUCAAAUGUCGUUGUUACAGAUUUCAUGAUGUGAUUGUGAGUUUGAAAAGGAUUCAGCGACGAUUAAAUAUGGAGUGGUUCAUUUAAAACCGUAAGACAAGAAAAGAUAUAAUAAGUAUAGUUAUAAAUGAAAUUUGA